GCAUUUGGGGCCGAAGUUCCCUGUGGGAGGCUGUUUUCCGAGGGCGCCCAGUGUUUACAGGCGUUCAGGUCUGCUCCGCUCAGCUGAAGCAGAAAACAGAGACCUUUUGCAUUACUUUGGUUCAAGAGCAAGACAGGAGGCGACCACAUGAGACCAUGGUUGAGACACCUGGUCCUCCAGGUACUGAGGAACUCCAGGGGAUUCUGUGGGUCUCGCGGGCAGCCAACACCUCUACCUGUUCCUCAGAAGAUCGUGGCCACCUGGGAAGCCAUCAGCCUGGGAAGGCAGCCGGUGCCUGAGUACUUCAACUUUGCCCAUGAUGUGCUGGAUGUGUGGAGUCGGCUGGAAGAGGCUGGACACCGCCCCCCAAAUCCUGCCUUCUGGUGGGUCAAUGGCACAGGAGCAGAGAUCAAGUGGAGCUUUGAGGAGCUGGGGAAGCAGUCCAGGAAGGCAGCCAAUGUGCUGGGGGGUGCAUGUGGCCUGCAGCCUGGGGACAGAAUGAUGCUGGUACUCCCACGGCUCCCGGAGUGGUGGCUGGUCAGUGUGGCUUGCAUGCGGACAGGGGUUGUCAUGAUUCCGGGUGUCACUCAGCUGACGGAGAAGGACCUCAAGUACCGGCUGCAGGCGUCCAGGGCCAAGUCUAUUAUCACCAGUGACUCCCUAGCUCCAAGGGUGGAUGCCAUCAGCGCUGAAUGCCCCUCCCUCCAGACCAAGCUGCUGGUGUCAGACAGCGACAGUCGGCCAGGCUGGUUGAACUUCAGGGAACUCCUCCGACGGUGGGUGGCCUUGACCGAAUCGGACAUCUUCUGGAACACGACUGACACUGGCUGGGUGAAGGCAGCCUGGACUCUCUUCUCUGCCUGGCCUAAUGGAGCUUGUAUUUUUGUGCAUGAGCUGCCCCGAGUUGAUGCCAAAGUUAUCCUGAAUACUCUCUCUACAUUCCCGAUAACCACCCUCUGCUGUGUCCCAACCAUCUUUCGGCUGCUUGUGCAGGAGGAUCUGACCAGGUACCAGUUUCAGAGCCUGAGGCACUGUCUGACCGGAGGAGAGGCCCUCAACCCUGACGUGAGGGAGAAGUGGAAACGCCAGACCGGUGUGGAGCUGUACGAAGGCUAUGGCCAGUCUGAAACGGUUGUCAUCUGUGCCAAUCCAAAAGGCAUGAAAAUCAAGUCUGGAUCCAUGGGGAAGGCAGUCCCACCCUACGAUGUGCAGAUUGUGGAUGAUGAGGGCAAUGUCCUGCCUGCUGGAGAAGAGGGGAAUGUUGCCAUCCGUAUCAGACCCACCCGGCCCUUCUGUUUCUUCAAUUGCUAUUUGGACAAUCCUGAGAAGACAGCUGCAUCAGAACAAGGGGACUUUUACAUCACAGGGGACCGAGCUCGCAUGGACAAGGAUGGCUACUUUUGGUUCAUGGGAAGAAAUGAUGAUGUGAUCAAUUCUUCAAGCUACCGGAUCGGGCCUGUUGAAGUGGAAAGCGCCCUGGCAGAGCAUCCUGCCGUCCUGGAGUCGGCCGUGGUCAGCAGCCCAGACCCCAUCAGGGGAGAGGUGGUAAAAGCAUUUAUAGUCCUUACCCCGGACUACUCCUCUCAUGACCCAGAGGCACUAACGCGGGAACUCCAGGAGCAUGUGAAAAGGGUGACUGCACCAUACAAAUACCCCAGGAAGGUGGCCUUUGUUUCAGCUGCCAAAGACGGUUUCUGGAAAGAUCCAAAGGAGUAAAUUGCGAAGUCAGGAGUGGCGGAAAUGAGGUGCAACCCCAGGAAGGCCCCGUAGACCUCUGAAGGCUCCACGAGAAACUAAUGGAUCACUGGUCAGCCCCCAUGGGGAGCAUCAUCUCUUCAACCCUAAAGAUGUCAAAGGCGUGCAGCUUCCAAACGGCAUCCCCAGGAUCACUGCGCAAUGCUGGAAAGAGCAAAAGAAUAUCAUUGGCCCCGACCACAUAGAUGCUGCGCAGCCUAGCAAAUGCUUGGUGGUUUGACUUCUCCCUCUGUCUCGGGGGAGGCUCAGCAUCUGCCCACUGGUCUCACUAAGAGCUUCAGAUUUCCCUCUGUAGGACAGGUUACCGGAGCCGUGGGGCACUUGUGGGUACUCAUUCUCUGCCAGUGGGAAUGGAAAGGCUCCAUCCUUUGUAUGCAACCAUUUGGUAAAAGUAUGCAGGACCAUAAAAU